CGGCGGGAGGAUGGCUUGAGGCCACCGGAGCCGCACAGGAAGACCCCAUCUCUCGUUUGGGGGGGACAGUUCCGUUCAGCUAUCACGCAUCGUGAGGUUUCCUGAAAGUGUCAAGGAGGCGCGACGUUACAUCUAGGCAACGGGAAUCAUGGCCCAGGUAGCGAUGUCUACCCUGCCCGUUGAAGAUGAGGAGUCUUCGGAGAGCAGGAUGGUGGUGACCUUCCUCAUGUCUGCACUCGAGUCCAUGGCCACACCUGCACGGUGGGCACAGGUCGUGCCCUGGGGAUCAGGAGGCUGGUCCUGCCCAGCUUUGCAGGAGAGGAGGGCCCUGCCUCUGACCAGCCGGAGAGAAGACAGGACCCAAAGCCGCCCCCACACCAUCCUGACGCUGGGAGAUGGGGCAGGGAUGUCUGCGCACCUCCCAGGGCUCCCGUCCAUCUGUCUGCCUGCACCUUUCUCCACGGAAGCUGCUGGUCUUCUCUUUCCAUGUUCUGUUCUUGGCCCACAAGUACCGGAUCUCAGUGCUGGUGACUGCAAGGUGGCAGAUCUGCCCGUGUCUGGACAACGCCAUUCGCUGCUUCUCUUGCAGUGUAAGGAGCUGGCCAAGUCCAAGGUGGAGGUGGCCUGCAUCGCCGUGUACGAGACAGACGUGUUCGUGGUGGGCACCGAGAGGGGAUGCGCCUUCGUCAACACCAGGAAGGAUCUGCAGAAGGACUUCGCCAGAUACUGCCUCAUGGAGGAGCCGAGUGAGGCGAAGCCCCCCCGUCCUGCCCACGGGCCACAGGCGUCCCCAGGAGAAGCAGAGACGCUCAGGAAAGCAGUUGGGGACCACUUCUGCCUCUGUUACGGGAAGGCGCUGGGGACCACGGCGAUGGUGCCCGUCCCCUAUGAGCAGAUGCUGCGCGACCAGGCGGCUGUGGAGGUGCAGGGCCUCCCAGAGGGGCUCGCCUUUCAGCACCCCGAGAAUUACGACCUCGCCACCCUCAAGCGCAUCCUGGAGGACAGAGCGGGGAUCUCGUUCAUCAUACACAGACCUUUCCUAGGUCCUGAGAGCCAGCUGGGUGCUCAUGGGACGGUAGCAGACUCUGAGAGAGCAGUACUGUCACCAAAGGAAAGCUGUGGUGCCAUCAGCGUGAAAACCGAACCCAUGGACGAUUCUGGGAUUUCCCUGAAGACAGAAGCUGUGUCCGUCAAGAAGGAGUCGGAGGACCCCUGCUACUGCCAGCACCACGUGCCAGAAGGAGACUGUUCUAACACAAGCAAUGAAGAAAUGGAAACGGAAUUACCAAUGGAAGAGUCUGCCCAACUGGUCUGUGCAGACACAAACGAGGACCCCAAAGGCCACGUGAAGGUCGAAGGAAACACAAAUUCAUUCAGUAUUACAAAUUCUGCAGCUGGUGUUGAAGAUCUUAAGAUUGUACAGGUGGCAAUUCCAGAUAACGAGAAAGAAAAAUUAUCAAACAUUGAAAAGACUAAACAGCUACGAGAGCAAGUCAAUGACCUCUUUAGCCGAAAAUUUGGUGAAGCGAUUGGCGUGGACUUCCCUGUGAAAGUUCCCUACAGGAAAAUCACCUUCAACCCGGGCUGCGUGGUGAUCGACGGCAUGCCCCCAGGUGUGGUGUUCAAAGCCCCCGGCUACCUAGAGAUCACCUCCAUGAGAAGGAUCUUGGAGGCUGCAGACUUCAUCAAAUUCACAGUCAUUAGACCGCUUCCAGGCCUCGAGCUCAGCAAUGUGGGAAAGCGGAAGAUCGACCAGGAGGGACGCGUGUUCCAGGAGAAGUGGGAGCGCGCCUACUUCUUUGUGGAGGAGCAGAGCAUCCCCACGUGCCUCAUCUGUAAGCAGAGCAUGUCGGUGUCCAAGGAGUACAACCUGCGGCGACACUACCAGACCAACCACAGCAAGCACUACGACCAGUACACGGAGCACAUGCGUGACCAAAAGCUCCGUGAGCUCAAGAGGGGGCUGCGCAGAUACCUCCUGGGCUCCCCCGAGGCCGGCCCCGCUGAGCAGAAGCAGGUGCUGCCCAGCGCAGGGCGCCUCGACAGUGCGACCGAGCAGCCUGCCGAGGACGUGGCCGGCAGCUUGUGGGAGAAGCUGCGUGAGAAGCUGCGCUCAUUCGUGGCCUACUCCCUGGCCAUCGACGAGAUCACGGACAUCAACAACACCACCCAGCUGGCCAUCUUCAUCCGCGGCGUGGACGCGGGCUUCGACGUGUCCGAGGAGCUCCUGGAUACGGUGCCCAUGACGGGCACCAAGUCCGCCAAUGAGGUCUUCUCGCGCGUGGAGAAGAGUCUCAAGAAGUUCAAUAUCGACUGGUCGAAACUAGUGAGCGUGGCCUCCACGGGCACCCCCGCCAUGGUCGAUGCCAACAGCGGCCUCGUCACCAAACUGAAAUCCAAGGUGGCCACGCUGUGCAAGGGCUCGGAUCUGAAAUCAAUCCGCUGCAUCAUCCACCCGGAGUCCGUCUGUGCCCAAAAGCUAAAGAUGGACCACGUCAUGGACGUGGUGGUGGACUCGGUGAACUGGGUCUGCUCCCGGGGGCUGAACCACGGCAAGUUCACCACGCUGCUCUACGAGCUGGACAGCCAGUACGGCAGCCUCCUCUACCACACCGGCAUUAAGUGGCUCAGCCGCGGGCUGGUGCUCAAGAGGUUCUUUGAGUCUCUGGAGGAAAUCGACUCCUUCAUGUCCUCCCGAGGGAAGCCGGUGCCCCAGCUGAGCUCCAAAGACUGGAUCCGGGACCUGGCCUUCCUGGUGGACGUGACCAUGCACCUGAACACCCUGAACGUCUCCCUCCAGGGCCAUUCGCAAGUCGUCACGCAGAUGUACGAUCUACUGCGCGCCUUCCUGGCCAAGCUGUGCCUCUGGGAGACGCACCUGGCCAGGAACAACCUGGCCCAUUUCCCCACGCUGAAGUUGGUGGCCAGACACCAAGGCGACGGCCUCAACUACGUCCCCAGGAUCGCGGAGCUGAAGACGGAGUUCCAGAAACGACUGUCCGACUUCGAGCGCUACGAGAGCGAGCUGAGGCUCUUCAGCGCCCCGUUCUCCACCGGGAUUGAGAGCGUGCGCGAGGAGCUGCAGCUGGAGGUGAUCGACCUGCAGUGCAACUCGGCGCUGAAGGCCAAGUACGACGAGGUGGGCGUCCCCGAGUUCUACAGGCACCUCUGGAGCAGCUACCCCAGGUACCGCAGCCACUGCGCCAGGGUCCUCUCCAUGUUUGGCAGCACCUACGUCUGCGAGCAGCUCUUCUCCAUCAUGAAGCUGAGCAAGACCAAGCACUGCUCCCAGCUGAAGGGCUCGCAGUGGGACCCCGUGCUCCACGUGGCUUCAUGACGAAGGGACAGCUGCUGGCCAGGCCCCACGGCAGGAAGCUUAGGAUGUCCCUGGCCCUGGACUGGAUGUGAACUAUUAAGCAUUUUGAUUAUUCCAGGGUUUUUUCUUUUCCACUUUGAAAUGGAAGUGUAAUUUGCAGCAUCAUACCUGUUUGUACGGCAUUUUAUGCUUCCCUGUAGUUGAGUAAAAGCCAACCAAGUUUUACUGAA